UUAUUGUUUGCUCUUUUCGCUAUGCGGCUCAAUUUUUGAUUUUGAAUCUUUAAUCAAAUGUGUUUGGAAAAUUAUAUUAUUUAUCAUCAUGUCGGAUAAUAUUUUGAUUGAUGGUAAACCUUUAAAUACUUUAAGGGUAGUCGAUUUGAAAGAAGAACUCAGAAAACGUGGCAUUCGUAGUUCGGGUACAAAAUCUCAGCUUCAACAAUUAUUGUUAACGGCUCUACAUUCAACAAAUCAACCCGAUCAAGAAUCUGCGAUUACCGAUGAAGCCGAACCAAUAAAAAAUGCCAUUGAACCACCAGAAAAAAUUGACGAUUCUAUAGUCAAUGAUAAUUCUAAUUCUAAAAGUAUUGAUAGUACCGAGAAAUUUGCUUCAAUAUCCAUUAAUGAAGAAAAAGAAACCAUCAAAUUGACUAUUCGUUCGAGUCCCAGAAAACAAGAGCCAGUACAGCAACAAGAUUCUGAAAGUGAAGCAUCACAAAGCGAUGUUACUGAUUCAGACAGUGAACAGCAAAACAAGAAUGACAUUGUUAACACUAGCCAAAAUGAAAUUGCACCGCCUUUAAUAGAACCAGAGAACAAAACAGAAUCGAAAGCCGAUAAUACUGAAGAAAAGUCAUCCGAGCAAGUAACUCAAGAAAUUAAACCUCAAAAUAGUCAUGAUGAACAGGAGGCAAAACUAGAGCAACCGAAAAUCGAUGAAUGUAAAAUUGAAAGUCAACCAAUAACGAAAAUUGAAGAAAGUUCGAAAAAUGAAAUCGAAAUUAAAUCAGAUGAUUCUAAAAGUCGAACUUCAAUACUAAAAAAUAGAAUGGCCACACAAAAAUCGAUAGAAGGACCUAGUGGUAAGCCUGUUCAGAAGAAACGACGCUGGGGAAGUUCGCAAACAAACGAAUCAUCAGUAUUGAAAAAAGGAAUCUCGAGCGAUGAGCUUAAACAACUGAUAAAUGAUUCAAUGAUGGACAAUGAUCAGCCUGUCAUCAAGGUGAGUAAAUCAAGCGAAGACAAAACAUUCUUUAGCAAUAAAACUGAUGAACCACCACAACAACAAAAAUCGGUUGAAGUGACUGAAAUGGAAAUAAAAAAGGUAGACAUUUCAUUUAAAAACAACGUUGUAGAAAUGUCUCAAGUAGCAACACCGCAAAAAGAAAAUGGUAAUAUUGAAGAGAAUGAUCAACGAUCAGUUUGUCCUGCCAAGAAUCCCGAGUCGACAGUCUUGUUUAUAACAGGCUUGGUUCGACCAUAUACUUUGAUGCAGUUGAAAAAAUUGUUGAAUAGUGUUGGUCAAAUUGAUGAGGAAAAGUUUUGGAUAGAUAAAAUCAAAUCCAAAUGUUAUGCAACUUAUUCGAGUGUCGAUGAAGCUGUCAAGACUCGUGAAAACUUACAUAAUCUUAAAUGGCCACAAUCAAGCCCGAAAAAUCUUUGUGUCGAAUUCGCUACACUUGAAGACAUUGAUCGAUGUCUUCAUCCAGAAAAUUACGAAGAUCUUCCUAUGAAAAACGUCGAUAAAAAUUCUUCAUCAAUCGCUCAAAAUAAAGGAAAAUAUGACAUCAUCAUGAAGGAACCUAAAGUUGAAACAUUUGGUAAAACCAACGACAAAUCUGAAAGUAUUGCUGCUCGUGGGAACAUUCGCGAAUGGGAUCGAGAUAAAGUUGCUGUUAAAGUCAGUCGACACGAAGAAAAAGAAAAAAAUGAUGAUGACAAUCAGCGACAAUUAAAAAAACAUAAAGAUGAAUCUCCAUCUGAACAUCAUCAUCACCACCAUUAUCGUGAUAAGCCUGCGAAAACAACAGAAAAAUUAGAGAAAAAAGAAGAACUAUCAAAUCAACGUAAUCAGGAACCAAGAAGCGAAUCACCUAUGAAUUCGCUUGAAGAUUUAUUCAGGAAAACAAAAACGAUUCCAUAUAUCUAUUGGUUGCCAUUAACUGAUGAACAAGCAUUGGAAAGAGAAAAACAUCGUAAUCAAUUGGAAAAAGAACGUGAAGCUAGAAUAUCACAGCGUAUGGAAAUGCCUACACGAAGAUCUUCACCACCCCCUCCUCCACCUAUGUUUCGUGAUAUGCAUCGUGGUCGAAGAACUUCCCCUACAAAUUUUCGUCGCAAGCCUUCUUAUAGUCCUGUAUACCGACGAAAUCUAUCACGAUAUUCACGAUCUCGUUCUCCUGAUCGUCGUCGAUUUUCACCCCGUAGAAGAUAAGUUGAUUCAUCAAUUUUGAUUUCAUCGGUCCCUAUUAUUUUUUUGGGUCAUUCAAAGGCCAUUGAAAGAUGGAGAAAAAAAUAUUUAUAUAUUUUGAAGCCUAAUCAUUAAUCGACCAUCCUUAUUCAUAUUUUCGUUCGGUGUUUCUUGAUCAUUUUUAUUUCGAUAAAUAUCCAGCUUUUUGAUUUAAACUGAUAGGGUUUGAUUAAUAAUAAAUCAGGGAAAGGGAAAAUUCUAGGUAGCGAAAGAAUUAGUAGGCUACUUUUUUUCUGACCUAAAAAAAUUCA